AGGUUCUGUAGUGAGACGUAAGUUACUAGGAAAGAAACUACAGACCACUCAGCAUUCUAUUACUGCCAGCUGCACGACGAUGUUUUCCGGAUCGGGGACGUCUUCGCUGUUAACAGAGCUUCUGGACUACGUAAGUGCAGUCAACACGACAAGCAGCGCGGGCCGCGCGAAGUCAGCAGCCGCAACCACAGUAGGGGCGACAGGAGCCGAUAUUUGGUCAAUAUUGUGCAAGAAUGCGAAAAACUGUAGUCGUGGGGCAAACCAUAAUCACGGUCGGACGAGUACGGCUUUUUUCAGUAGGCACGAGACGAAAACACACGAGGGGGACAGCGACACAACGUUCUCUGUUGAAUCAUCCUUCAAGAAUAAAGACACCGCGAGCUGCGCAGGUCCCACGGGCGGAACAGCACCAUUGCAGUUUUACUGCGGAGGAGCGCGCAGACGUCAGGGGAAGAGGAACAUCGCAGGCUGGACUGCCGUUCGCAACCCUAGCUCGUUUCUAGCGAAUGUUCAAACGACGGGUUACUUUCGGGCUCCGAUAGAUGAAGAGCACUCUACUUCCAGUACAGCGAGCUCUACUCUCGCGUUGACCCCAGGGAAUAGAGCUUUAUUUGCGUCACAUCAUCGCAACAAGAGAAUCAAGACUGUGUUCGCGCUUCCCCACGAGCGCGAGAACCCGAACAAGGAUUACAUCAAUGAUUUGGUGGACAAGCUCUGGCAGCGGCGUGCGAUGGACCGGUGGACCCCGGCCGAGGGCGCCGCGUAUGUGUGGAACAACCUCGCGAAGGGCCCCCACCUCGGCCCCGCCUUCAUUCACCUGCAGUACCAGACGGCAGACAUCUACAGCACCAACAUCGCGAAGUCCUCCCUCCCCAUGGUAAACAUCGGGGAGACCGGUUUCGGCCGGAAGGGGCGGUUCACCUGCACGGACCGUCCGCCGUUCUCCAGGGGCGGCGGGGGGACCGUGGAGCAGACGCAGACCGCGAAAGCGUUUCUCGGGGGCACGAACAGAAUGUUUCAACUGCCAGCCGUGAACUUCCGGGACAAGAAGGGGCCGCUCAGCGACGGGAGAAUCCGGGUCGAAUUGAAGGAAUUCGGUAUGUAUCCCAGGUGCAAAAGUAGCGAAGACUGCUGGUGUAAAACGCAGUUUUGCAUGACAGACCCGUAGGCUCUUACCGAAAUCUGCAUGACAGAUUUCAUCUUUCCGCUUGAAAAGUUUGUCAUGCGAUUCAUGAAGUACAACUGCGAUGCUUUUGCGAUGCAUAGGAUGGACGGGAAAUCCGACCGGAUUUUGUGGGACGCGAUCUUCGACAGCCGGGUGGGGUUGUAUGAGAGUGCACAACUCCCCCUCCCCCUCAUUUGUAUAGCAUGGACGGUAAUACAAGCAUCAACAAGAAUGCCGGUCUUGCAUGACAGAUUUCCACCGGAGUGUAGUGCUAUUUGGGCUACCAGAACUUGUCAUGCAAAGAGUGCCAUGAGGCAGCGACUGGAAUCGCGGUUCUGCAUGACAAGUGAGGGGGGAGGCGCCGUUGUGCACUGUCAUAGGUUGAAGCACCCGGAGCCGGGACACUGGGACUUCAGCACUAUGGUUGCCAUCGGCGGGUCGCAGAAGACGUUAAUCCUUCCCUGCACGCCGAAGUGGGACCCGCGGCCGCACUGGUUCGACAUGAAAAUCACGUCCGUGGCUAUGCAAGGAAAAAAGUGUUACAGUUACACAUUUGUAGUGAAUAAAGCAUCACAAAUUUGCCUCGCAUGACGCUGAAAACUUGUAAUGCAGAGAUCAUAAGGCAAAACGCACACAAAACGAGACACGCAUGCAUUUUGCGCAUGACAGAGGUCGUCUGUCUUGCAUGUUUUGCAAAGCAAUUUGUAACUGUGACACUUUUUUCUUUGCAUAGUGGCGCGGUUCAAGCCGAAGGAGAUCGAGCACUGGAAAGAGGGCUGGGAGAACAUCGGGGGGCGGGUAUCCGGAGAAAAAACCACGUCCCCACCCCAGAGUCAAGAUGGGAAGUUUGCUAGACAAAUCUGUCAACUUUGGUUGUUGCGCAUGACAAGUUUGGUCCCGUAGUGUAAUCGUUUCUAGCAGGUGCAGAAGAAUCACAGAUCUAGUGCAUCGCGCUGAUUGGAGCAUGACAAAUUCCACAACACGACUAGAAAAUGCUUCUCAUGGGGCUCCGCAUGAGCAGAGACAUUUUCAGCAUACAGAUUUGCAUUACAGCUUUGGGGUGGAGACGUUUUCAAAUACGAUACCGCGCCGCGCACAUCGGGUUCACGGUGCAAAGACACCCGAUCAUGGAAAACCCGAACACGUUCAUGGCGGGGAUGGCGCCGCAGAACCCGCUAGCGAUGAUUGCCAUGCGCGAGAACCUAUCAACUGCAAAAAUGUCUGGGUCUGGUGGAAGAUUGCAACUUGUCAUGCUUUUUUUGGACUCUAAAAAAAUUUGUGUUGCAUGACCAGCAAGAGGGGUGCGCUUUGUGCUACACGGACAGGGCAUUUCUCAUGCGGAAAGGGCAUCAGGAAGGGUUCUAAAAACCUGUGAUGCUAGGGCAUACAUCACAGACAAUCAUGGGUCAUGAGAAAUAUGCAUGACAAAUCUUGCAUUCUUCCAGACCCAGACAUUUUUGCAUUUGAUAGAACCUGGUCGGGAACCCGAAACGGGACUACUGGUUGAGCCAGAGCGACCGGUUAUCCUGAGCAAGAACGUCCCCACCCCAGAGUUGUCAUGCAGAUUUGCAAUGACAGGAACAUUUGUAAUGCGCAUCUACAUCAGAGGCAUUUCCAAUCGUGUUUUGGCAUUUGUAAUCCUGUAAACAGGAUGAGGAGAUGAGUUUGUCAUGCGACUGUCCUUCCUAACCUGCACUACACUACAAAGACGAACUUGUCAUGCAUGGCUUCCAAAACUCCUAGAUUUGUGUUGCAGAGUUCACAACUUGACUAUGGGGUGGGGACGUUUUUACUCAGGAUACCGGUGCGACGACCCGGACAACUUCCUGAACGUCGACGAGUGCCGGGCGGACGCGGGCAAGGACUUUUCCAAGCAUAUCCUAUGUAAAAACGUACCCACCCCAUAGUCAAGAUGGGGAAUCGGCUAGACAAAUCCCCAAGCUUUGGUUGUUUCGCAUGACAAAUUUGGACGCGUAGUGUAGUUGUGUUUGAGCUAGUUCAGCAGCAUUACAGAUCUAGUCUCUCAUGCUGAUUGGAGCAUGACAAAUUUCGAAACACCAUUAGAAAAUGCUUCUCAUGGGGCUCCGCAUGAGAAACAUUUUAAGCAUGCAGAUUUGCAUGACAACUAUGGUGUGGGGACGUUUUUACACAGGAUAAAGCAGAGCGACCGCAGUUUCAUGCCGCGGUGGCCCACCGAGUUCGAGCGCAGGUUGUACAAGGACGCGGACCCGGACUUCUUCGUGAAGAACCCGGACCAGGAAGCGGGCACGUGGUUCCCGAUGCACGACUCGCACGGCUACUACUGGUGGACCAACAUGACGCACGCACCCUUGGACUCCAUGGACGACGGCCGCCCACCGAUCGCGCCGCCGAUGGAGGGCGGUCUGAACGGCAUGAUUCCUGCGGCAAAGGGGGCGAAGGGCUACCGGUGGCUAAUCAACACGCCGGGGUACGGUGCGGAGGGCUGGACCAACCCGAUCAGCGGAAGGCGGGAAACCUUCGAAAAGUUGAAGCCCUGGAACGGAGAUUUUGCACAGUGAGUUUCUUGAGUUAAGUGCCGCUGGAUUUUUCUGUUUCAAAAACAAGUAAACUACGAAUGUGAAACAAAGACGAGGAUGACCCUAUGUCGCUGUUUUAUUUGAAAACGUCUCGUGAUGCUGUAGGCUCUGUACUGAAUAUCAAUGCACGUUGUAUGCUAUCAGCGAAAUGAAUACAU